GAGGAGGAAGAAGAGGAAGGAGAAGAGGAGGAGGAAGAAGAGGAAGGGAGAGAGAGAGAGAGAGAGAGAGAGAGAGAGAGAGAGAGAGAGAGAGAGAGAGAGAGAGAGGUGGUGCAUAGGGAAGUCAGACACAAAAUGUCAGCUCGUGCGGAAACACAGGAGAGGAAAAGAAAUCGCUGA